ACCUUGUCAGAGCGACCUCUUGCCCCUGGUCCGAUAGUUAUUAAUCCUGGGUUGGCAGGAAUGCCCCCGGAUAAGAACCACAAUAUGCCUCCUCGUCCUUGCACGUCUCUGCUGUCGUUGUGACUGUCCGAGGUAUCGCACGUCCAUCGCCAUGGCUCGUCCGGACGUUGGCCAAGUGGUGGCAUGGUAUAUCUGCACGGUCGCCGCAUGCAUCUUCCUCGUAUUUCGGCUGAUCAUCCGAUGGCGACUCCUCAAGAAGCUCUACCUCGAUGACUUCUUCGUGGUUGCCGCCGCGCUGUGUCUCAUCGGUGAUUUGGGCAUUCAACACUACAUGUUCACUCAGGGCAUGUCAGAGAUAGCCAAGACAACCACGGCCGAAAAGAUCAACAUGCAGAAAUUGAUCAUUCCUGGGUCCACCUUGUAUGUUACCUCGCUCUGGCUCAUCAAGGCCAGCAUGGUGCUGUUCUACAAGCGCCUGGCCGAUCGCACCAAGUAUCAGACCAUCUACAAUAUCACCCUGGGUGUCCUGGCCGCUGCCUGGCUGGUGCUGUUCUUCGACAUCGUCUUCAAGUGCUAUCCCCCGGAUCGCCAAUGGAAGAGUUUUGAGAACCCGGACUUGACAUGCUCCGAGAAGCAGUCGACGAUCAAUUACUGGCUGACAAUCCUAUUCAACAUCUUUAGUGAUGUUUUCAUCAUCUGUCUUCCCAUCUCCCAGGUAGCACGCCUCAAGAUGCCAAGAAAGCAGAAGCUCGGUGUCAUCUCUGUCUUCCUGCUGGGUGUCAUCGUCGUCAUCACUAGCAUUAUCCGUGCUAUCUACUCGCAUUUGGGCGAGCAGAUGAUUACUUGCACGGUCUCCAUGAUCGAAACGGCCAUUGCCAUCAUUGCAUCAUGCCUUCCUGUCCUCCGCACUCUUGUCUUUGGCUCCCACUCACGCACCGGCACGUACAGCGGUCGCCGGGGAUAUGAGCUGUCCAACUCUGGGGCUGCGGGAUUGGCCAGUAAGCAGCAUACCACGGUGUCAGUAUCACGCGGGGGGCCGGACGAGCUGUCGCGACAUGACUCGGAAGACGAGCUGGUCAAGGAGAACAUGUCGGCCGAGGAUCCUACCGCGGGUAUUUCAGUGACACGGGAGUAUUUCGUACACGAGGGCGCUAUGGAACGGCAAAGCAUGCGGUAGAUAUUGAGCCGGAGGUGUCAGCACCUGCUCCUUUCUAGAACUUAAUUUGAUAGGGGCUUCAAAAUAGUAAUUUCUAUAUAUAUAUAUCAUUCAUCAUGAGGAAAUCUGAU